GUAAAUUAAAAUACCAAAAAAAUACUAGCUUCUUCAUGAUUUACCAUGAUACGAAGAUGAUGUCAUUGUAAAGUAGAGAGAGAAAGUGAGCUUUAGUCACAAGUGAGCAAGUUGAUUAGAAAAAAAAAUAAAAAAUCUGGAGUUGUGAACUACCCCUCGUCGUAUUUAGCUACCUUGUCUCGAAGAAAGAAAGUACUAUAUAAAAGGGGGAGAGUUUUCAAUUUUCACGAUAGCUUCUCCGUUGUGAUUGGAUCCAUAAAAAUCAUCUCUCUAUCUCUACUUCAUCUGUAAAUAGUUGAAAGUGAGAGAGAGUCCAAUUUGCAGUUUAAAGGUGUAGUCUUUACGACAAAAGCUGCUUCUGGGGGCUUAUGUUUAAUUACUCCUUUCAUGAGUUCCUACUGAUUUCAGGGGUUAUUUCUUGCGCUUUUCAACAAAGAAGAAAAAAACUUGUAUUUUCACUUGUGGCGAUAUAAGAAUGUCGAGGCCUCUGCAUCGAGGUGCAACAGCGAUACGGGUCUCUGGGAACAGCAAUGAUUUAUGGGACUCCCAAAUGAAAGAUAAGACAGAAAAGGAAGAUUUGGAUAGGAAUCGUUCUUCUGAUCAAAGUUAUUUAGCACUGAGGUUUCCUUUCCGGGUACUUUUUCCUGAUAACAAUUCUCCUUCCAAAUAUGGUAGUGGUGAAAAUGGCUUUGCAUCUGAUCCAUUCAUUGUUGGGAGUCCAAGAAGCCGGCACAAAUUGGCUCUGCUACUUUUGAAGCUGAGCUUAGCUGUGAUUGUAAUUCUUGCUCUGGCGGGGUCUUUUUGGUGGACUAUCUCAAUAACAACAAUGUCAAGAGGUCAAAUAUUACAUAAUUAUAGGCGACUCCAGGAGCAGCUUGUUUCAGACCUGUGGGAUAUCGGAGAGCUAUCUCUUGGUUCCUCGAGGUUGCAAGAAUUGGAAUUCUGUUCUGAAGAGUCUGAAAAUUAUGCUCCUUGCUUCAAUGUUUCCGAGAAUCUUGCCUUGGGAUAUUCUGAUGGUAGUGAGAAUACUCGUCUUUGUGGGCAGAGUUCAAGGCAAAGUUGCCUGGUGCUUCCACCUGUAAAUUAUAGGAUCCCGCUUCGUUGGCCUACAGGAAGAGACAUCAUCUGGGUCGCAAAUGUAAAGAUUACUGCACAGGAGGUUCUUUCCUCUGGUAGUUUGACAAAGAGGAUGAUGAUGUUGGAUGAAGAGCAGAUUUCUUUUCGUUCAGUCUCUCCCAUGUUUGAUGGUGUUGAAGAUUAUUCACAUCAAAUAGCUGAAAUGAUUGGACUGAGAAAUGAAUCUAACUUUGUGCAAGCUGGGGUAAGAACCAUUUUGGAUAUAGGAUGUGGUUAUGGUAGCUUUGGAGCUCAUCUCUUUUCUAAGCAGCUCAUAACUAUGUGCAUCGCAAACUAUGAGCCUUCAGGAAGUCAAGUUCAACUUACUCUUGAAAGAGGUCUUCCUGCGAUGAUUGGUUCUUUUAAUUCGAAUCAAUUGCCAUAUCCUUCUCUUUCCUUCGAUAUGUUGCAUUGUGCACGAUGUGGCAUUGAUUGGGACCUGAAAGAUGGUUAUUUCUUGAUAGAAGCUGACAGAGUUUUGAAGCCGGGUGGAUAUUUUGUCUGGACUUCACCACUUACCAAUGCUCGUAACAAAGAGAACCAGAAAAGGUGGAACUUUGUACGAGAUUUUGCAGAAAAUCUCUGCUGGGAGAUGUUGUCACAACAAGAUGAAACUGUUGUAUGGAAAAAGACCAGUAAAAGAAGCUGCUAUAGUUCCCGGAAGCCUGGUGCAGGCCCUUCUACCUGUAGUAAAGGUCAUGAUGUUGAAUCUCCUUAUUAUCGGCCACUCCAAGGGUGCAUAGCUGGGACGCAGAGUCGUCGAUGGAUUCCUAUCCAAGAGAAGACGACCUGGCCUUCUAGGUCUCACUUGAACAAGACCGAGCUUGCAAUAUAUGGUCUGCAUCCAGAAGACUUUAGUGAAGAUGCACAGAAUUGGAAAACAACAGUCACUAAUUACUGGUCUGUUUUGUCACCAAUAAUAUUCUCUGAUCAUCCAAAGAGACCUGGUGAAGAGGAUCCUUCUCCACCUUAUAACAUGGUCCGAAAUGUACUAGACAUGAAUGCUCAUCUUGGCGGUUUCAAUUCUGCACUAUUGGAAGCUGGGAAGUCUGUAUGGGUAAUGAAUGCGGUCCCAACAAGUGGACCAAACUACCUUCCCUUGAUACUGGACAGAGGCUUUGUUGGUGUACUGCAUGAUUGGUGUGAGCCAUUCCCGACUUACCCUAGAAGUUAUGAUUUAGUGCAUGCAAGAGGGCUCUUAACCCUACAGACCCAGCAGCGCAGGUGCACCAUGCUGGAUCUAUUCACUGAGAUAGAUCGGUUAAUUCGUCCAGAGGGUUGGGUAAUAGUCCGCGACACUGCUCCACUUGUUGAAUCAGCAAGAAUGCUAAUCACACGGCUGAAGUGGGAUGCACGAGUAAUAGAAAUCGAAAGUAACAGUGACGAUAGGCUACUUAUCUGCCAGAAACCGUUCUUUAAGAGACAAGGAGUCUCAUCAUGAGUGUUUCCGAAGGAAACUCGAGAAAGUUAGAUCAUAGUAUUCAUAUUCAUUUUGUCAUGUUAGUUAAUUAUCAUGAAGCUUCACAUAUAAAGGAGGGUAAGAAUUUUGAACAGAAAGAAGAAAGCAGAGGAGAGGAGAGGAAACAAAUGGAUGAUGGUGGUGGAACCAACCACAACUCCUACGAGGCAGCAAGGCUUACGUAGGACCAUGUAAUUACUCAAGUUGAGGUGCUGGGCAAAUGAGAAGUAUAGAAUAGGAUUUAAUUUAAAUUUAGUGUCCAUUUUUCAUGUGAUGUCGAAUCAUAACACUAUACAACCACAUGAUUAGAUUGUGAAGAUGAUUACAGAAUAAGCAAGGUCCUACUUUACUCGAUGUGUAGUGUACAAAAAUGCUUGUCAGUUCAUUCAUUCAUGUCUAGCAAUAUUUAUUUUCUUCA